CCCGCCCCUUCCUCGUUGCCCAAAACGGUGUUACAGAGGCUGUGACCCAAGGGAGCAAACACCGAUUUACAGGCUUCACCAGCGGCUGCACAAUUCUCGAGCCUAUCAUUUCUUUUUCCGUAUUUCAAUUUUCGCUCGCAAUCACUGGUUUUGACAUUUUGGGACGUAGGGUUUUUGGGAGUGAAAUUAGAUAAAAUUUGAUGGUUGUGGAUUUUAGAUUUUGAUCUUAAAAUUCGAAGGUGCAUUGCGUUUUUGGUGUAAUUAGACGCCAAGUCCAAGUUUACUAGAGUUCAAAACAGGCAGCAGGCGGCCUUCUUCUUCCCAAUCACAAUCAUCGUAUCUUUGGCAUUCAGAAGUUGAAUUAUUGGCAGGGCAACACAUCAUCUGGUAUAUCUAUUUUCUUUCUUUUAAAAGGUGGCAAAGGUGUUUAAUUGUCAUCCCAGAGACUAUAGGGCCUGUUAUGACUUCAAGAUUUAAUUAGAAUCUUAAGGAUCAGCUGCAUGCUAUAUUGCUUGUCCAAAAUGUCUUCGUGUCCAAAGGCACAAUCAACAAAAGUUGGGUAUCUUCGUCAUCAAAAUGCUCUUCCUGCUACUGAAAGCUUGAGUGAGCAGCAUGAGAGUAGUUUGAGACUUGAGGAGGAUGAGGUUGAGGAUGAGGAUGAGGACGAAGAUGUAGAUUUCAAUCCUUUUCUAAAAGGAACCCUUUCACCAGAAGCUUCUUCAAGUCUGAGCUCUGAAGUAGAAGGUUUAGAUGGUGAAGUUGUUGACAGCAGCAGACACACUGUUGAAACUGCUGGCAUUAAUUCGUUGAGCAUGGCUCGUGAGGUGCAAAAGUGUUCUGUUAGAGAAUCUGAGCAUGGGGAGGAAGAAAUUGUGAUGCAAACUACUGUUUUUCCUGAAGGUGCAUCUGAAAAUGAAUUUGAAAAAACAGUUCCUGGAAAUGCUAACAAGAGAAUGGCUGCCUUCAUCACUCAACCAGCCAGUGAAACUGUUCAAGAAAAGGAUGAUGUCUCAGGCAGUGGAACUGAUGUUAAUGAUGCUAUAGUAGGAGGGUUGAGUAACACAGAAGACAUCCAGAAUCCCACUAGGGAUUUAGAUGAUGAGGAUGAGGAUGCUAUUUGUAAACGCACCCGGGCCCACUAUUCAUUAGCAAGUUUCACACUUGAUGAACUCGAGACUUUUCUUCAAGAAACAGAUGAUGACGAUGACCUCCAAAAUAUUGAUGAUGAAGAAGAAUACAGGAAAUUUCUCACUGCUGUUUUACAGGGUGAAGGUGAUGACCAGUCAACUAAAGAAAAUGAAAAUGCUUAUGAUGAAGAUGAGGAUAAUGAUGCAGACUUUGAGAUAGAACUUGAAGAGUUACUUGAGAGUGAUGUGGAUGAAAAUGUGAAGGACAAAGUGGUGGAGGAGAACGGAGGAGCUGGAAGACGACCGAAGACUAGGCAGAAUAGAUGCCAAAAAGCUCCUGCUCAAUGUAAGAAGAAGAUUUUAGGACAGACAAAAAGGCCAUUGCGCCCCCUUUUACCAGUUUUGCCGAAGGGACCAAUGUCCUCUUUCUCUACCCAGGCCAGCAGAACUCUAAUGCCUGGGACAACUUCAAGCUGUUUGUCUUCCACAGUAGAAGAUCGUUCUAUAAAUGGAUUCACUGCUCACCAGAUUGGCCAGUUGCACUGCCUGAUCCAUGAACAUGUGCAGCUACUUAUUCAAGUAUUUUCUCUGUGUGCUCUUGAUUACUCUCGGCAACAUAUUGCCUCCCAGGUUAAGAGAUUGAUCUUUGAGAUGCUCCAUAAGCGUGACGAGGUACUGGCACGGAAGAGUGUACCAUAUCCUGCUGUUUGCUUUUUCCCAUCAGUGCCAACUGAGUUCCCUAAUUCCUACACAGAAUGUUUUUCUUCGAAUAAUCAGAUGGCAGUUUCCCCAAAUAUUUCUCCUUCCAAAGGUAGACGUGAAUGCAUUCCUAAUGGACAGGUGGGGUUCUCUCAGAAUAUGGGGGGUGCUUUCUGGGUGCCUUCUAUAAGUGGUCCUGUGCUAUCUAUCUUGGAUGUAGCUCCACUUAGUUUAGUUGGAAGAUACAUGGAUGAAGUUGAUACAGCUAUUCAGGAAAAUCGACGGUGUUACGUGGAAACUAGUUCUGAUACACGCCUUGAAAAAGAGCCUUUGUUUCCCCUUCCUAACUUUCCAUUAUGUGCUCAAGCCAAUUUUGAAGCUGUAAGUGGAACCGGUUCCUCAGUUUCCAAUGUUGCUCCAUCUUCGUCUAGUCAACAACCACCCAAGAAGUCACUGGCUGCGACCAUUGUUGAAAGUACCAAGAAGCAAUCGGUUGCUAUAGUCCCAAGGGAAAUAUCAAAGUUAGCCCAGAUAUUUUUUCCUUUGUUCAAUCCAGCAUUAUUUCCCCAUAAGCCACCGGCUGGGAACAUGGCAAAUCGAGUGCUUUUCACUGAUGCAGAAGACGAAUUAUUAGCAUUGGGGUUGAUGGAAUAUAAUAUGGAUUGGAAGGCAAUUCAACAACGUUUUCUUCCUUGCAAAUCUGAGCGCCAGAUUUUUGUUAGGCAGAAAAACCGCUGCUCAUCAAAAGCACCAGAAAAUCCCAUAAAGGCAGUUCGGAGGAUGAAAAACUCGCCUUUGACUGCAGAAGAGUUAGCAUGUAUUCAGGAGGGACUUAAGGCUUAUAAAUAUGAUUGGAUGUCCAUAUGGCAAUUCAUUGUCCCACAUAGAGAUCCAAACUUGCUGCCCCGGCAGUGGCGCAUUGCUCUUGGAACUCAGAAGUCAUAUAAGCUUGAUGAAGCAAAAAAGGAGAAGAGACGGUUAUAUGAAUCAAAAAGAAGGAAGCAUAAAAAUGCAGAUUUGUCAAGUUGGCAAAAUUCAUCUGAGAAAGAGGACUGCCUGGCUGAAAAGUCUGGUGGAGAGAACAGCGCAGAUGGUUGCACAGACAAUGCAGGUGAAACUUAUGUUCAUGAGGCCUUUUUAGCAGAUUGGAGACCAGGUACUUCCAGUGGAGAAAGAAAUCUUCAUAGUGGUACCCUAUCCCAAGAAGCUAUCCGUGAAUGGGCAAAUGUUUUUGGGCAUAAGGAAGCUCCUCGAACCCAGACUGUGUCAAAGUAUCAGCAGAGCCCAUCUCUAAUCACUGGUUUUAGACAUUUUGCAUCUGGUACCACACAAACGAAUCACUCUGUUUCUCAUAUGACUUCAAAUGCCUACAAAUCUCAAUUCAAUUAUCGGCGGUAUCGAGCUCGUAGAACUAAUGGUGCACAAUUAGUUAAGUUAGCACCAGAAUUGCCUCCUGUGAAUCUUCCACCAUCUGUUCGUAUAGUCUCACAAUCUGCCUUCAGAGGCUCUUUAUGUGGGAUAUCUUCUACGGUUUCUGCUUCUGGAGGUGGUAGUGGUUCUUCUGCAACAGACAAUCUGUUUUCUAAAUUUUCUCAAGUUGGAAGGUUGGGGAUUUCUGAUGCCAUAACAUCUAGACAGGAUAAAACUCAUUCUCCAAAAGACAGUGUUACAACUUUGCGUAUGGAAGAUUCUAGGAUUGUCAAGGAUAAAUGUGCAGAGGAAGGAAGAGAUACUGAUUCUGACCUUCAUAUGCAUCCUUUGCUGUUCCAGGCCCCUGAAGAUGGACGCCUACCCUAUUACCCAUUGAACUGCAGCAACAGAAAUUCCAGUACUUUCAGUUUUCUUUCAGCAAAUCAGCCUCAGCUAAAUUUAAGCCUUUUUCAUAAUCCUCAUCAAGGAAGCCAUGUUGAUUGUUUUGACAAAUCAUUGAAGACAUCCAACUCAACAUCACGUGCCAUUGAUUUUCAUCCACUUAUGCAAAGAACUGAUUAUGUAAGUAGUGUCCCAGUAACGACAUGCUCAACUGCACCCCUUUCUAAUACUAGUCAGACUCCAUUGCCGGGCAAUACUGAUCCACAGGCUUUGGGUACUAAUGAGAAAGCUAAUGAGCUGGACUUGGAGAUCCACCUCAGUUCUACAUCCGACAAGGAAAAGACUUUGAAAAGGAGAGACGUUGCUGUGCAUAAUUCAGUUAAAUCAAGAACAACUGCUCCAGAUUCUGGAACUAUUAUGAUAACUCAAUGUGCUAAUAGUUCAUUGUAUCGGCAUGCUGAAAAUUCUUCCGGAAGUGGUAGCGAGCCUGUUUCAGGUGGCCUUACAUUGGUUAUACCAAGUAAUAAUCUCAGCAGAUACAAUGCAGAUGAUACAGGUGAGCAGUCUCAACCUGAUAUUGAGAUGGAACAGGAAGAGUUGAGUGACUCAGAUGAAGAAAAUGAAGAAAAUGUUGAGUUUGAGUGUGAAGAGAUGACUGAUUCUGAAGGAGAGGUGGGAUCGGCGUGUGAAGGAAUUGCUGAGAUGCAGAAUAAGGAUGUUCCAACGUUUUCAACAAAAAGACCUGCAACGGUAGAUCCUGAUGGCAAACAGUGUGAGCCAAAAGCCGGCUGUCAUACUCAGGACAGUAUUCGCGAUACUCCUUCCUUGGAUGAUGCCAGUAAUUCUUCAUGGUUAAGUUUGGAUUCAUGUGCACCCGAUCGCCCUUCACACAUGAUGUCCAAGCAUGACGAAAGCACAAAUGACAGUGGUCUUGCUGCCAAUGAUCUAUCGUCAUCUCGUCCCGCUCGGUCUUGUAAGAAUGCGAAACUCAGCACAAGAGAAGUUGUGGCACAGAGACAAGGCGUGGACAUGGCGCACCAACUGAGCCUGGGUCCUCUAGCAAAUCCCACAAUAAGGAAACCUAGGAAGCGUGUGUGCAGAACCAAUACAUGUUUGAACAUAGGUUUGACUGUAGAAAACUCAAACUCCAGCAGUGAUGGCUAACACAAAACUUACUAA